AUUUUCUUCGUUGGAUUCGUGUAAAAGUGAUUUCAGAAUUUCUCAAGUCCUGUUUCGAAGUGGGAAUCCAGAGGCAUAAGCAAUGGUGACGAUGCUUUCGUAUGUGGGUAGAAGGAAGCACAACACAACAUUCGGCUUCAAUCCGGACGUUGCCUUUUCUUACAUUGAUCAAAGGCUUCAAGAUGUUUUGGGCCAUUUUCAGAAGGAUUUCGAGAGAGACAUUUCUGCAGAUAAUCUGGGGCCUAAAUAUGGUCAAUAUGGAUCAUUUUUACCAAUGCAUCUAAGGAAUCCUCUUACACAAUCACAGCCAAAGAAUCCUGUGAAUGUACACAGUAGCAAUAUCCCCAAAUUGCUUAAGAAAUUUGAGAAUAUGGAUUCGAGCACCACAAAGAAUACUCUCCCUGUACAUGAAAAAAAGAGUCUGAAAAUCCGCCUUAAAAUUGGCGUUGGCAAAGCACCCAAAAGCAAUUCUGCGAGUUUUAGUAGUUUGGAUUUUAAGAAUUGUCCAUCAUCUCCAAUUGAGAGUACCCUGGAAAAUAAAGAUGAAAACUAUGAACUGCCCUCUUCAAUAGUGCAGGCUAAGGCAUUGCCAGUAAUUCCUGCGAAUACUUCACUUUCUCUUGCUUCCGAUUCUUUCUGCUUAGAAGAGAAGGACAAUCCUUCCACAAGGAGUAGCAAGACGAGGAUUGAUUAUUGUGAAACAAAAUUACUGAAGGAUUUUGAUGAUGUGCAGCAGCCUGCUCGAGAUUCGAAGAGAAUUGGGCCAUCACCUGCAUUUGAAGGUGACUCAUUUAUUCUAGAAAAAGAAAUACACAAGCAAUAUAUGAAGCUGAAACUGUCAAAACGUUAUCGUAAAGGGAAUAAGAAGUGUAAUUUGCAAGGCUGCUCCAACAUUACAAAAAAGAGGAAGCAAUGCUCUGCAAGUGUGGCUGAAAGCAAUUUGAAUGAGAGUACAAUGGAAAAUAAUGGUGUCUUCUCAAGUGCUAGAACAUCAACAAAGUUAUUUGGUGAGAUGCAAGGCAAGUCCAACAUUACAAAAAAGAGGAAGGAAUGCUCUGCAAGUGCAGGUGAAAGCGAUUUGAAUGAGAAUCCAACUGAAAAUGGUGGUGUCUCAUCAAGUGCUCAUUCAUCAAAUAAGUUGUUUGGAAAUCUAAGACACCCAAUUCAGCUUGCUGAGGAUACCUUGAAAGAAGCUAUUGAUUUGAAACAUUCAACUGACCGUUUAAAGAAUGUAGAAUCGGAAGUUGAAGUUAGUGGCAUAUAUCUUCGUGCAACUUUAAAAUUCCUACUUGCUGCAUCGAUGUUCGAGGUUUGCGACAUGGGAAGCGCAACACUAGGAGAAAAAACUCAGUCAACAGAGAUCUAUAUCGACACAUCAAAGAUGUUGAAGCAAUGCGCCAUUUCUUUCGAGCAUAAUGGGGAGAUUGCUGCCGCCGCUCUUGCAUACAAAUGCGUGGAAGUAGCAUAUAAGAGAGUUAUAUUCUCUAUGAGCUCCCAUAUACGUCAAGACGGACACGAAUUACAGGCAUCUCUUCAUGGUCAUCCAUUCGGCCAAAAAUCAUCUACAUUUUCUGCUCUUGAUGUAACCAAUGUCUGUCAGGAUGGCGCACCCUCUGGGUCAGAAGCGAAGGGAAUCAAGCUGCUUGCCAGCAGAGCCACCUGUAGCAGCCCGCACCUCCUUAAUUAUGCUGAAUAUGUGAGUUCCGCAAUGGACGCUGCUCAGAGAUCACUAUCAGCAUUGAAGGCUGCUCAGUGGAAAUAUGGGUUGCAAGGCAUCGCAGCUGUGAAAACAGCACUUGAUUUUCACUUCCAUGACAUGGAUGGAUUCGUACGCCUGGUCCGGCUAGCAUUAGAGGAGAUCGACAUCUAAACCAUCCAUCACAAAGAUACAAAUGGACAGGAAUCUCAGCAUUUUGUGGAAACACUGUACAGCAUCCCACACCUGUGAAUCCAAAUUUUGAAGCUCCAGAUGUAUAAGUAUAUAUAUGUGUAUGAAAGUGACCACAGCAUUGAGUUUUUUUUUUUUUCAAAUGCAAGGCAAAAGCCUGAAUACAUGUAAAUUGAUUUCUCAACUGUAACGUGAUUCUUUGGCAUCUGUAAGAGAGACUCAAUGCCAAAAUGCUGCUGUUACAAAUAAUGUAUCAGUAUUGUACAGCUAUUCUUUAGGUAAGAAAAGAAAUUUCAAGUUUCCAUCAUAAAUCAUACAACAAGUUUUUGUAUGAAGAGAAGUUAUGUAUUGGAUUUGUGGCCUUUAUUUUUGCACUGUACUCUUUUAAAUUCUAACAAGUGGGGCUCAUGGUUUGGACAUUGUGUCCCUACCAUGCCAAAAACAUCCUUGAUAGAACCAUCUUAAACUUUUAAUUUUUAGGCUACAGGUAGUUAACAAAAGAAAUACAAAAACAGUCCCCACCCAAAUGAAAGAUGUGCACUCCAGUGGUACUGGUUCCAUCCUAAGCUUACUGUGGCACCAGGCAGAUGAGGGGCCUAU